UUAUAUCCUUAUUCCUUAGGUUUAGUGAAUUACCACUUUCACAACAUUCAAAAUUUCAUUAUUUGAUUUUAUUUAAUAUUAUCACAUAUAAUGUCUAUAUUCCGUGGAAUAGCAAAAUUAUUAAAUAAUUCAAUAAUAUUUAAACAAAAGUAUUCAAGAAAUGUUAUUGUUAAUUUUACCAGACCAAAACAAACUCUCGCGCCUUCUCUUAAGUUGCAAAAACCACAAAGAAAGGAACCAGGUGAAAUUUAUAAAUGGAUUUUACUAAUGAUUCCAGUUACAUCAUUUGGAUUGGGAUGUUGGCAAGUUUAUCGUCUGCAGUGGAAACUUGAACUCCUACAAAUGCUUAAGUCAAAAUCGAAUGCUCCACCUGUACCUAUGCCAGAAAAUUUUAAUGAUUUACAAACCAUGGAAUUUAGACCAGUCAGAGUUCAGGGGGAAUUCUUACAUGACAAAGAAAUUCUCAUUGGCCCAAGAGCACUCAUUGAAAAUGACGUCGCAAUGCCUAGGGCUGGAUCCCUUAUAUCGGAUCCAAAGAAAAAUCAGGGAUACUUGGUUGUGACACCUUUUAAGCUUUCCCAUAACGGGGAAAUCAUUCUAAUUAACCGAGGUUGGAUACCACAAAAUCUGCGACCCAAGGAGAAACGACAGGCUUCUAUGGUAGAGGGAGAGAUUACAUUGAAUGGCAUAGUACGUCUUACAGAAAAUAGAAGUCCUUUCAUGCCAAAGAAUAACCCGGAGAAGGGAUCUUGGCUGUACAGAGAUCUGCAUCAAAUGAGCUCCCACUUGGACUGCGCUCCUGUUUGGUUGGACGCUCAGGGUAUCAGCGACCCUCCUGAAGGCUGGCCGCUACCGAACCAGACACGUUUCACUAUGAGAAAUGAACAUCUUUCGUACCUCAUCACCUGGUAUAUGCUCUCCGCUUUCACAGCAGUCAUGUGGCACAGAUAUUUUGUAAGGAAACUGCCUCUUUUGUAAUUGUUGUAAAUACUAUAGAUUAUUUAGUUGCUAGGCAUCAGUAAAACUUAAUUAUACAAUAAAAUCUUUAAUUGUUUUGUUUAGUAUUUUUAUCAUUACACGAAUAUAAUUUGUACAGUCCUAAUUAAAUAGCAUUUUAUAAA